AUGACUGGCCGCGGUAAGGGAGGCAAGGGUCUCGGAAAGGGAGGAGCCAAGCGUCAUCGUAAGGUGUUGCGCGAUAACAUCCAGGGUAUUACGAAGCCCGCCAUCCGUCGUCUGGCCCGCCGUGGUGGAGUGAAGCGUAUCUCCGGACUGAUCUAUGAGGAAACCCGGGGCGUGCUGAAGGUAUUCCUGGAGAACGUGAUCCGCGAUGCCGUCACCUACACCGAGCACGCCAAGCGCAAGACCGUAACGGCGAUGGAUGUGGUGUACGCGCUGAAGCGCCAGGGCCGUACGCUGUACGGUUUUGGAGGUUAA